AGUCCAGGAAGUUCUGUGAGUGUUCACUGUUCAGUGGUACUUAAAUCUGCCACUGUGUUUGGAGAUUUGGAAAUCUUGGGAUCUGCUCAAUACAAAAAUGUUUUUUCGAAUCUUUCUCCAUUGUCUCAGCAAUCUUUCUACCAUUGCAGUGGGUUUCUUUUUGGUGAUAGUGCACCAUCUCCCAGUUUUGAAGAAGUACUUGGGAAAUACUCAUCAGAAAAAAGCCAUCUUUGGGCAACGGCAGAAUCUGCCAUGUAUUGCACCGCUACUGACCACAGUGGAGGAGACACCACAGGUCAUUUCUGCUAAAGUUCGAGGACGUUUUCCUGAGUGGCUCAAAGGCUAUCUACUUCGAAUUGGACCUGGGAAAUUUGAGUUUGGGAAGGAUAAGUAUGUUCAAAAUCGAAUUGUGAUCUCAGAAUUUGGCACACUGGCCCUCCCGGAUCCAUGCAAGAGUGUUUUUGAACGUUUCAUGACAAAGUUUGAGCUGCCUGGCAUAACUGACAACACUAAUGUCAACUAUGUGCAGUACAAGGGCGAUUACUACGUUAGUACUGAGACCAACUUUAUCAAUAAAGUGGACAUUGAAACUCUGGAAAAAACAGAAAAGGUAGAUUGGAGCAAAUUUAUUGCUGUGAAUGGGGCAACUGCACAUCCUCAUUAUGACCCAGAUGGAACAGCAUACAAUCUGGGGAACUCCUACGGGCCACGAGGUUCCUGCUAUAAUAUUAUUCGGGUUCCUCCAGAAAAGGCGGACCCUGGGGAGACAAUCCAUGGAGCCCAGGUGAUAUGUUCUAUUGCUUCUGCAGAGAGGAUGAAGCCUUCUUACUUCCACAGCUUUGGAAUGACAAGGAACUACAUAAUCUUCAUUGAGCAGCCUCUAAAGAUGAAUAUGUGGAAAAUUGCCACUUCUAAAAUUCGGGGAAAGGCCUUUUCAGAUGGCAUAAGCUGGGAACCCCAGUAUAAUACACGAUUUCAUGUUGUGGAUAAACACACUGGACAGCUUCUUCCAGGGUUGUACUACAGCAAACCUUUUGUUACUUUUCAUCAAAUCAAUGCCUUUGAGGACCAGGGCUGUGUUAUAAUUGAUUUGUGCUGUCAAGAUAAUGGAAGCAACCUAGAAGUUUACCAACUGCAGAAUCUCAGGAGAGCUGGGGAAGGACUUGAUCAGGUCUAUAAUUCAACAGCCAGAUCUUUCCCUCGAAGAUUUGUUUUGCCCUUAAAUGUCAGUUUGAAUGUCCCUGAGGGGGAGAACCUCAGUCCAUUGUCCUAUUCUUCAGCCAGUGCUGUGAAACAGGCUGAUGGAAAGAUCUGGUGCUCUCAUGAGAAUCUACAUCACGAGGACCUAGAGGAGGAAGGAGGCAUUGAAUUUCCCCAGAUCAACUAUGGCCAAUUCAGCGGCAAAAAGUAUCAUUUCUUCUAUGGCUGUGGCUUUCGGCAUUUGGUGGGGGAUUCUCUGAUCAAGGUCGACGUGGUGAACAAGACACUGAAGGUUUGGAGAGAAGAUGGCUAUUAUCCCUCAGAACCUGUUUUUGUUCCAGUACCGGGAGCCACUGAAGAAGAUAGUGGAGUUAUUCUUUCUGUGGUGAUUACACCAAACCAGAAUGAAAGCAAUUUCCUCCUAGUGUUGGAUGCCAAGAAUUUUGAAGAACUGGGCCGAGCAGAGGUACCUGUGCAAAUGCCUUAUGGGUUCCAUGGCACCUUCGUACCCAUCUGAUAGGACAACCACAAGGUCUGGAAACUAAGUUUAAAACCAGUGCUCUAUACAAAAAGAGAGCAAAAAAAUGGCACCCUACCUCCCA